UUUGCUGGACAACAAAAUAGAUCCCCCUUUUGUUUUCUCUUUCAGAAAACUGGAUCCAAGUUAAAAGAAGGUCAAUAAAAAAAAUGUCUGGAGUUUGGGUAUUCAAGAAAGAUGGGUUUCGUUUAAUGGAAAAGCGCAAAGCGGAGGGGAUAGCAUGCAGUAGUUUAAAGAAGAAGGUGUUGGUUCACUUGGCAAGUGGUGAAGUGGUGUCUUCCUACAGUUCGCUGGAGCAAAUAUUGAGUAAUUUAGGGUGGGAGAGGUAUUAUGGAAGAGACCCUCAAUUGUACCAAUUCCACAAGCGUUCUUCCACUGACCUAAUUUCCCUUCCAAAGAACUUCUCCAAGUUCACCUCUGUCUAUAUGUACGACAUAGUCAUCAAGAACCCCAAUGUCUUCCACGUGCGGGAUAUGGAGAUUUGUUUUGUAAGUAUUUUGUCAUCACUGUAAGCGAAUCCAUUCCACGUGGCAUCGUGGCAUGCAUUUUGCCAACUCAAGUGGCAAAAUAGUCGAGGCUGCAAAAUAGGUGCAACUUUUUUCAGGUGUUGUCAAUAGGGGCUAUGAAUCCAUUCCACGUGGGCAUGCAUUUCGCCAACUCCAGUGACAAAACAGGCUACAGGAGAAUCAACAUGGCAUUUCGCCAUUGAUGUUGGCCAAAACAAGGAUGGGUUUGGCGCGACACACGGGGCAAGUGGUGUGGGAAGGUAGCCACUCGUCUAUGCACUCGGGGUGGAACACGAGGUCGCACUUGGGGAUUAAACGCAGCGUUUCGGUGUCCUCGAACUCGUUCAAGCACACCGCACACUCCAGCGUCCCCUUUCCUAGCUUUUCACAUUCAUCGCCAUCGAGUACUCCAGCGUCAGGAACGUGUCGAUCACCGCCUGGUCGAAACUCGCGUGAGCUGCGUCGCGACCUACCAAAGGUGUCAGGGAGGUUGUGGAUGCUGGCGGAGGGGGAGCCGAAGUAGUGGCGGAUGUGGAUGGAGAAGCCCAUUAGAAACAACGCGACGAUAAUUAUUUGAUAUUUCAUGGAUGGUGGUGGAAGACAUUGGGAUUUGGGAUUGAGAAAUGAGAAACAACGUAAACUGCAUGCUUUCCCUCCCACCAGCUCACGUGAAAGUUGUCCCGCUUGGUCACAUGCUGGUUUCGCCAAUGUCAAUGGCGAAAUGCCAUGCUGGUUUCGCAGCCCCUAUUGGCGAAAUGUCAUGCUCCAUGCCACGUGGACAACAACCUGAAAAAGCUGAAAGCAUGCGAAUCCACGUGAAGUCUCUGUUUCGCAGCCUCGACUAGCGAAAUGCCAUGCUACCUGUUUCGCCAACUCAAGUGGCGAAAUGCAUGUAAAUGUAAUGCCGCGUGGAAUGGAUUCGCUUACAGUGAUGGCGAAAUGCUUACAAAACAACCCACCCCCCCCCCCCACACCCAAAUAUGUUUGAAAAGAAAUCCUUAUUGAAAAAUAGUUUGUAAAUCAAACCCACUUUGGUCAAUUAGCCUCAAUUGGGCCAAAAAUACGAUUUUCUGAACCUAUUGGGUGGUUGAUCAACAUGUAUAAUUUUAUCUCGAAUAUAAAAAAU